GGCAACCCGUAUUCUCUGCUUCAGUCUCUAAAAUAUCUACAGUAUACAGAAUUCCCCUUUUCACCUCACGACACCAUAACUCCGGCAGAUCCCUACCCAAACCCUACCACUUUCGGGUAUCACUUUGUAGCCAAAUUUCUCCCAAUUUCAACGGCUACUGUUGGUUUACAUUUGUUGCACAGUUCAAAGUUCGGGUAGAAAAUGGAUAUCGAAGUUGAUCAUUAUGCUGUUUUGGAUUUACCCUCUGGAGAGGAAGGGGCCAAACUUUCUGAGAAAGACAUAUCUAAAGCCUAUAAGAAGAAGGCAUUAGAGUUGCAUCCAGACAAGAGGCCUGAUGACCCAAAUGCUCACUUGAACUUUCAAAAGCUGAAGACUUCAUACGAGGUUCUGAAGGAUGAGAAAGCUAGGAAGUUAUUUGAUGAUCUACUUCGCGUGAAACGUGAAAAGAUCCAACGCCAAUCACAACAAGAUUCAAAGCGUAGAAAGAUGAUGUCAGAUCUCGAUGCAAGAGAACGUGCUGCUUUUGCACCUGAUGCCAGCGUUCUAGCUCGACAAGAGGAGGAGCGAAUUGCUAGAAAGCUUAAAGAGGAAAUUGCUCGAAUUCGUGCAAUGCAUUCAAACAAAGUGCCUACUGCUACAGAUCCUUCACAGAAAGAGAGACAUGCAAAGGCUAAGGCGAGUACAGAAGGCAAGGGCAGUAGUGUAGACAAGGAAAAGGUGCUUAAGGUAUCUUGGGAGAAGAUUGGUGAAGAUUAUACUGCCCAAAGACUGAGAGAGUUAUUUAGUGAGUUUGGUGAGGUUGAAGAUGUAGUAAUUAAGAGUUCUAAGAAGAAAGGCUCCGCUCUUGUUGUCAUGUCUUCUAAGGACGCAGCUAAAGCUGUUUGUGGAAAUGUCUUGGGGGAUCUAUCAAAUCCUCUCUUAAUUGUGCCUCUUCAGCCAACAGUUCAACCCACAAUGGCAGCUCCAUUUUUUAACGCUGAGAAAGAUAGAGAACCUGAGGGCCCAAGUUUGAGUAAUCUUGUAGGUGCUGGAUACCAGAAAUUUGAAGACUUGGUAUUAGAAAAAAUGAGAAAGGCUGCUCAAAGGAAGAAAUAGCGUGCUGAAACUUCAUCAAGUUUAAGUGCUGACAUGUUAAGAUUUCUAGGUUGCUCAGUUAAAGAAGAGGCAAGGAAAGCUAGGUUUUAUCCUCGAGAAACAGCUCUAGUUUUUUAUACUAGGGAAUGCCAUCUUGAAGUGGCUGUGUCAGUGUUAUGCUAAGUUUCAUUUUGCCGGUCUCUCUGAAUCUGGUUUGUUUGUCUGACAUGUAUUGUACAAUGAGAUUCUCGUAUUGCUGUCACAGGAUUGGGUAGAGGAGACAUUUCCCUUCACGUAGUCCAAUGCGUGGUAUUGUGUACGUGGUGUCUGCAGUAGAAUCACAUAAGUGCGGCGAUGGAUUCAUCAUAUUUUUUUUGGAAAAGUUGUAAUAUAUGCCAAGACAUGGAUGAGAGGCUAAAUUGAGGCGGUGUUGACUGUACUGUAUAUUAAUAUCAUUUGUGGAUGUCUGCUAUUUAGAUCAUUUCCACUUUUUUUUUAAGUUCGAUGAGAAAGAUUUCUUGAUCUUAACUGAAGUCGGGCAUGGCGACUACUGGAUUAAUGGUCUUCUAUAGAGCUUCUCGUUGCCGUUA